AUGUAUUGGAAGAAUGCCUGGUGGGUGGGCACUGUUUAUUCUUCAUGCGAACCAAUUGAAUUGCCUGAAGGCAUGAUAAUAUCGAAACAAUUUGAAAAAUAUCCCAUCUCAGUCGUAUCCAAAGCAAUAUAUAAACAAUUGUGCUACCGAAAUUGUAUUCCAGUAUUAAACACCAAUGUGGGGUUUGUCAUAGAUACAUUUGCUAAACCACUACCCAUAGUUACUGAGAGUUGGCGUGAAUUCACCAGGGAUUCGUUAAGAGGAUCUUUUGCGUAUAGUGUUGUUUCAAUCAUAUAUGCGAUUGCAGUACUGGCAGUAAUAAUCUGGUUUUUAACAAUUUUUGUGUUGACAAAUUAUACUAUCAAACCGUCAUGGUUAUUGAAAACAAGCACAAUACUCUCGACAGUUUACAUUCUCGUUGUUGUGAUAAAAUCGAUUUUAAUAUUACAUGGACAACAACGAGAUGGCUAUUUACAUGGCGCUAAGCUUCUUAGUGAACUUAACGACUACAAUCCCAUUCAAAUCAUAGAUCUAAUAGUGGUAUUGUUGCUACAGAUCAACCAAGUUCAAAUAAUAAUGAGAAUAUUUCAAAGACAAAAAGACAAGCGAAUGGCAUUACUAAUUGGUAUAGUGGCAACAUUGGCAUCUCAAGUAAUAUGGGCAAUUGCCCAAUUUUAUACUCCAGCCGAUGCAAAUGAAGCAAGUGAUAUAUUACCGGCUUUUAUAUAUUUGGUUCGAAUAGCCAUGGCUUUAUGCUAUGCUGCCAUCAUAACUGUGUUUUUCAUUAGCAAAAUUCAAAUUAUCUUGGCAAAUAAAAAAAUCUGGUUAUUAACUUUGCUAACGUUUAUUUUGAUUUACAGCCCAGUGGCAUUUUUUGUUGCUGAUGUUUCAAACGCCUUUGUGUAUGAAUUAUCAGAAAUAUUUUCCGUGGUUAAUUAUGUUAUUGGUGUAGUGAUCCCAUGGGAAUGGUGCAACAAGUUCAAUUUGAUAAUGAAGGCAAAAGAGAAAGAGGGUGUGCUAGGUCGAAGAUUCUACGAAGACGAGUUGUACGAACUAGAUAGAUUUGAAUUAUUUGUUGAAGAACAGAUACCUGAAGAUGAAGACAAUAGUGAUACCCAUAGCGACCCCCCUGACAAUGAACUAAAUGGUGGUGCACAUCAUAACAACCAAGAACAAAGAGAGGGAUUGAUCAGAAGGAAUUCUCCUACAAAUAAACUUCAUGGUGAUAACAAUGAUAAUGAUAACAGUGUUCCUGCCCUGAAGUUUAGGCGAAUAUUAACAACUACCAAGGACGCAUUUUUGACUUUGACUGAUAACAUAAUUGCAGCUGGAUUUGCAAUUCCAAGGUCAGUGAGUGUAUCUACACAGUCAUUAACAGGAAGGCAUAGAAACAAUAGCACCACUCAUGCCGAAUAUACUCAAGAAGUUGUUCCAGAUUUUUGCCCUGAAAUGUUUUUACAUCCCGAAGGUAAUUCUCACAUCGCUGAGAGUUCAUCAGAGCAGAACGCUGCACCUCUAACCACUACAAACAGCAACCACAGACGAAGAAAUGUUUAUGUUUACUCCAGAAAAGAAGUUAUAUUAGAUGUAUCUAGUGAUGAAUAA